AUGCCCUUAUCCGAGCCCCGCCAAAUCAAGAAACCCCGGUUAUCGCUCAGUUGCAUCGUCUGUCGACGACGCAAGGUUCGCUGCGGUCGCGAACAGCCAGAAUGUGCCAACUGUGUGCGCCUGAAGGAGAAUUGUGUCUAUAGGGCUAUGGUCCGUGACGAGUCCACCGGCCGUGUACGACCAGUAUCCCCGCAGGACAGAGAGUCUAGAGACUCUACAUCGAAUGCCCGCCCAGACCUCGCUUGGCCUCAUUGGGCCCGAGACACCAAUACGCCAUAUCCCGAGAAGCCGUCUAGACCUCCUUCUCGUCCUCAAUUAUCCGCCAAUGCCAGUCCUUCCCCACAUCGACAAGAGCCAUAUCCAACAGUCCCUUCAUGGGAAGAGGCCAUCCAACUCCCCAGUUAUCGCGACGCGAGUGCUCCUCAAAUUCGUGGUAGCUCGGCAACGACGCGGGAUCCUUCCCCUGUGCCAUCAACAAGCUACUUUCCGACCCUCAGUGAUCCCCUUUGCCGCGAUUAUUUGAGUAUACGACGAGGUGGCCGCGUACGAUAUGUUGGUCGGACUUUCUGGGGGUUCGUUGCCGGAAAGGAAAGUCUGAGUGAUGAUUUCUUUGAUAAAAACCGUUAUGCCCACCCCGAUCUCCCCCUUCCACAUAUUUCCUCUAUGGGCAUGUUUAAUCUCCUCCGGUCGCUGCCUACUAAGCCCGUGAGUGAUACCCUGCUCGAGACGUUUUUCCUUGCCGUAUGGCCACUGGCUCCUCUCCUACACCCGCCUUCCCUACAGGCAGAUUACGACGAGUUCUGGGAAUGGUGUCGGAAUAGCGAGACUGCUUUACCCUCGGAUAAACUCCGCGAUGACCCAACCUUGAUCUGCCUUCUCUUUGCAGUUCUGUACUGCGGCGCAUCUGCCGCGCCAGUAGCUAGCUGGGCAAACACCAACCUCCAGGGUCUACAGAAGGAGACGACGGUGAGCCACCUCAAGUCGGCAUAUACGACCAGUCUUUCUCUAUGUCAUCAUCUGGAACAUCCAACAUUAAAUACACUAGUUUCAACUUUGCUGACGGGACCGUUCUUGGAUCGGCCAUUCGAGCCCAUGCGUAGUUUGGUUAACGUGAGCACCACGGUGCGCAUUGCCCAGACUAUGGGGUUACAUCGGGAGGCAACAUGGUCUGCGCUGAGUGCCGUUGAUCGCGAAAUCCGACGUCGGGUCUGGUGGCACAUUGUUUGGCUCGAUGUGCAGUCGAGCAUCUCCACGGGGCUGACCCCCUGUUGUGGGAACGAGGCCUUGGAGGCCGUCAGCAUGGUUGACACUCUCCAUGAAGAAGCAAGCAAUAUCCCUUCCGGACUUUCCCCGGGGAUCGAUUUUGUGACCAAUGGACAAUCAGUGGCCAUACUAUACGCUAUCGGACGCUUCCAGACUGCUCACUUACAAGCGAGGAUCGUGGCGCACCUGCAGAGCGUGCGGGGUCGAACCCAGGAUGGAUUUGGCGAGCUGGUCACAGAUGCCAAGGAGCUUCUGCAGAAGAUCGACUCGCUUAUCGCACGCGUUCCUACCCAGGGAAUCCCCGAAAGGGGUUACAUCCCAUCCCGUCUGGCGAAUGCAUCUCCGUCCACGCACCCCUUAUUGUACAAGGACGAUUCAAGCCAGCCAACCGUAUUUGCAGCAUGGACGCGAAUUAUGCUCACCUUACUAAAAUCGGAAAUAGCCAUUAUACUGCAGAAACCAUUCCUAGCACCACUAGACAGUGCGAAUCCGCAAUCAUGCAAGUCAUGGACCAGCAUGGCGCAGCUCUGCGUGAAUUACUUGCGUAUUUACCUGCAGCUGUAUCAAGCUCCUGCGUUCUCCCCAUACGCUUGGUUCUGCUGCACCCACUAUGGGCCUCUCCAAUGCGUAUUCAUCACCCUAAUGUACCUCCAUUACUUCCAGGACUCUGGAGAGACCAUGCUGGCCCGAUAUUGCGUUGAUGAGGUUAUACAUCACUGCGUCGCCCAGUAUCAAGCUCCAGAUACCUCCUCGGCGAGGACCAGCCCCGAUGAUGCUGAUUCCAAUGGGGGCAAAAUGUGGAUGCCAUUGGCCAUCCAGGUUCUCGUUGACCUUCAUGAACGCCUCGACUCCUCUCUCGGCCCUGAAGGCAGGCCCCCGGCAUUGGACAUGAUCGAGUGUCAGGCCCGCUUUCCUACGCCCCACCUUGCCACCAAGGCGUCCGGUUUGCGCGCGACAUCCGACCAGCCCUCUUCUGAUGCAUCCUCUACCACUCGCACCAACCUCAAUUGUGAUACCCCACCCAUAAACGCAGGGCCUCCUCCAAUGGCUGCUGGUAACAAACCAGUCCCGCCGACUAGCGUCUUUGUGGCGGGGAGUGAUUCGGGCUUAGAUAUGGACUUCCUUGCUACGAUUUCGGAUCUUGAGGCGUGGUCCUCGUCCUUGAUCUUGGAAUCCGACAAUCUCCUCCCACAUCCUGAUAAUGUAACCCCUGAUCAUGCUGUAAUCACAGGGUUAGGCCCAGACAGUACGGCAUCUGGUCGCCGUGACCUGCAUGAAGGACUUGAUUUCCCAGUGUAA